CGUCUCUCCAUUCUGUCUUCUCGCCGUCGUCUCAGCGAAGGACCAACCUUCUCUCGCCGGAACAACCGCUCUCGUUCUGGUUCUUGUCCUUGUCGUUCUUCUUCGAUAAUGGGAUCUCUGUCGGCUUUCGACGAGCGGUUGCAGUAUCCGGCGGCGCGGCGGGAUGAGUCCAUCGUCGACGAUUACCACGGCGUUAAGGUUGCGGAUCCAUACCGGUGGUUAGAGGAUCCAGACGCUGAUGAAGUGAAGGAAUUCGUCCAGGGUCAGGUCAAAUUGACUGAUUCUGUCCUUAAGAAAUGCGAAACGAGGGAGAAGCUGAGUGAAGCAAUCACGAAACUGUUUGAUCAUCCUCGAUAUGGUUCACUGUUCAGGAAAGGGAACAAGUACUUUUACUUCCAUAACACCGGUCUCCAAGCCCAUAGUGUACUUUACAUGCAGGACGAUUUGGAUGCUGAACCAGAGAUCUUGCUUGAUCCGAAUACGCUUAGCAACGAUGGAACCGUGGCCUUAAGCACGUUUUCCAUCAGUGAGGAUGCCAAGCUCUUGGCUUACGGACUUAGCUCGAGUGGCAGUGACUGGGUGACGAUUAAGGUGAUGAGCGUGCAGGACAAAAAAGUUGAGCCUGAUACCUUGUCAUGGGUUAAGUUUAGCGGGAUUACAUGGACACACGAUAACAAAGGGUUUUUCUACAGCCGUUAUCCAGCUCCCAAAGAGGGAGAAAAUAUAGAUGCUGGCACAGAGACUAAUGCUAACCUCUACCAUGAGUUGUAUUACCAUUUCCUCGGCAGCGAUCAAUCUGACGACAUCUUAUGCUGGAGGGAUCACGAAAAUCCCAAGUAUCUCUUUGAGGCUGAUGUCACAGAUGAUGGGAAGUACCUAAUCAUGGCCAUUGAAGAGGGCUGUGACCCUGUCAACAAAGUAUACUACUGUGAUCUGUCUUCCCUCGAAGGAGGUCUUCAAAGUUUUAGCGGAAGCAACACUCUCCUUCCAUUCAUUAAGCUGGUUGACACAUUCGAUGCGCAGUAUAGUGCCAUCGCAAACGACGAGACCGUGUUUACGUUCUUGACAAACAAAGAUGCACCGAAGUACAAAUUAGUUCGGGUCGAUCUGAAGGAACCGGGCAAAUGGAUUGAUGUUAUUGAUGAGCACGGAAAGGAUGUUCUUUCUUCAGCUUGUGCUGUUAAUGGCAAUCAUCUGAUUGUGAGCUACUUGAGUGACGUAAAGCACGUUCUACAGAUCCGAGACUUGAAAUCCGGGUCGUUGCUUCACCAGUUGCCUCUCGAUAUUGGCUCGGUAUCUGGUGUUUUUGCUCGUCGAAAAGACAGCUCAUUUUUCUUUAGCUUUGCCAGUUUCCUUACUCCCGGCGUGAUUUAUAAGUGCGACUUAGCCGAUGAAACCCCCAAAGUUAAGGUAUUUCGUGAAAUUGCUGUGCCGGGAUUUGAUAGAGCAGCAUUUCAAGCCACUCAGGUCUUCUAUCCCAGCAAGGACAGAACCAAGAUACCGAUGUUCAUCGUGGCCAAAAAGGGUAUCGAGCUUGAUGGAUCACACCCAUGUUUGCUCUAUGCAUAUGGUGGCUUUAACAUAAGCAUAACACCGUUCUUCAGUGUCAGCCGUAUUGUGCUCGGUAGGCAUCUUGGUGCCGUUUUCUGCUUUGCGAACAUCCGUGGUGGAGGAGAAUACGGCGAGGAAUGGCACAAAGGAGGUGCACUUGCCAAGAAGCAGACUUGCUUCGACGACUUCAUUUCCGGGGCAGAAUAUCUUGUAUCCGCAGGUUAUACACAACCGGGUAAAUUGUGUAUCGAAGGUGGCAGCAAUGGCGGGCUUCUGAUCGGGGCUUGCAUUAAUCAGAGGCCGGAUCUUUUCGGGUGUGCCCUGGCUCAUGUUGGUGUCAUGGACAUGCUUCGGUUUCACAAGUUUACGAUAGGUCAUGCUUGGACAUCUGAAUUUGGCUGUUCCGACAAGGAAGAGGAGUUCCAUUGGCUGAUAAGGUACUCGCCUCUGCACAACGUGAAAAGGCCGUGGGAGGAACAGCAAACCGGCCGGUUUGUUCAGUACCCAUCCACCAUGUUGUUAACCGCCGACCACGACGACAGAGUCGUUCCACUUCACUCCCUGAAAUUGCUUGCGACUAUGCAACAUGUUCUGUGCACGAGUUUGGAGAACAGUCCACAGACAAAGCCGAUAAUCAGUAGAAUAGAAGUGAAAGCCGGGCAUGGAGCGGGACGUCCGACACAAAAGAUGAUCGAUGAGGCGGCUGAUCGGUAUGGAUUCAUGGCUAAGAUGCUGGAUGCUUCAUGGAUCGAGUAAAAUCCUUCCACUCGAACUGGACACAGGACAGGACAGGACACAAAGAGCUUGUAUCAUUUAUCAGUGACUAAUAACAAUAAAAGAUUACUGAUAUAGAAAUCCUCAUUCUUAGAUCUCACAUCAGAAUUCCUCAAUUUUUUCGAUUAUUUUUUUAUUCGAUUAGUUUUUUAUUUUUAUUUAUAAAGAAAUUAUAACCAUUCCAUUC